AUGACACAUCCGUGGAAGCCUACACAUGUGCAUGAAGGAAACGUGGAACCUGAGGGUUACGAUAUUUUAUUUCGGCGAGCACUUAGCAUCGCCCUCCAUCUAGGUGGCACAAAAGGUGAUGGUGCAUCGAUCUGGUCACUCGAGAUGGCGAGUCGUCUGAUUCUGAUGGACGAAGUUGGUGGACACGCUGAACGCAGGAGGCGUGAGCUUGUGCGUCUGGGUAAACUAUUUCAGAAACAGCUAUUCCUACUGCAACACCCCACCAACUGCUCUACUGCCAGAUUUGUUGAGACAAAUGUGCCAUAUUGUGGUUUUGGCUGUCAAAUCCACCAUGUUGUGCUUGCAAUGCAGCUGGCAGUAGCGACUAACAGAACACUGUUUGUGCAUGGCUUCGAUCAAACAUUCCAUGGACUGUUCCUCCCUUUGACAAACUGCACAGCAAUUGGUAAACAUCAAUCUGUGAUACAGCAAAAAAGAGUCUUCGAUGCGCCAAUUUCUCCACUGUCCCCACCGGCACUGUCAGCUGAAUGGGCAAGUCUGCUUCAACCUCUACACGAAUCACCGUAUUUGUGGUUGCGUGGACACAUGAUUAAAUACGCGAUUCGUUUGAAGGACGCCGCCUUCUCACAGCAGAUCAAUUCGAAGUGUGCUAACCUUCGACGUGGAAGUUAUGGUCAAGUGUUCGUUGGCAUCCACGUCCGUCGCACUGACAAACUUCUUAGCGAAGCCAAGUCGUUCCCCGUCAGUUCGUAUAUGGAACGCGUUGAGCAGUAUUAUGGGUUGAUAAAAAUGUGCAAUGCGUUGAAAGGAAUGCUAAAUGACACACGUAGAAGAAAUAUAUUCCUGGCAUCUGACGAACCAUCCGUGUAUGCAGAAGCCAGGCAGCAAUAUCCUGAGUAUUCAUUUCAUGAAAAAGGGACAUUUUUCCAGAGCAACACUGACGUGAAAUCGCGAUUUACUAGAGAAGGACUUGAAUCAAUAUUCUUUGAUAUAAUGUUGCUGGCUCACGCUGACUUCCUCGUCUGCACGUUUUCCUCUAAUGUUUGCCGAAUGGCGCACGCCUUAAAACAGACACUGAACGAUCACUACGCCGACCGCACCCAUCACACAGCUUCUGUAGACACGGGGUUUUUCAUCAUUGGCUCUCAAAAAAGCAAAUGGAAGGUGUGGCUAGACUACCCACCUUUUGUUAAACGGGGCGAUGUGGUUGAAGUGGGAACACCCUCGACUUUCGGCUCUGUUGAGACAACGGAGAAUACGGUGCUGCCACAAUUUAUCCUGCAAGAACUGCCUAUUUUACUCCCAAGUAACUUCAACAUUUCUCAAUGA